CUCUUCUUUCCUCUCUUCGCUGUCCGCCAUGCUCACGUAGCCGAGUUGUAGACUUGACCCUGUUUCUUGAAUCAUGUGCCCAGCUUGUUCUGUACGUGGAUUUCAAUCAAACCUGUGUAAGCUUUAUGAUAUGGACACAUUAAGAUCUCGAAUUGAGGGGAUCUUAUAGCGUAGGUAGGACUACUCUAGGACGUACUAUCCAGUGAUGGCUCGAAUAGUCGUCUGGUCAGUGUGUGCUCAUGUAUUGAUUCACUGCCACCUGUCUGCUGGAGUGGGUUCUCAAACACUAGACUUGGACGGACCUGAGCAUCAGCUCUAUACAAACUUAUUCGCUGACUAUACACCAGAGUCGAGACCGGUGAAGAACGCCAGCCAUAUAGUUCAAGUGACAUUUGCUCUAUCUUUGAACCAGCUCCUAGACUUGGAUGAGAAGAAUCAAAUAUUAUCAACAUCUGUCUGGAUAUAUGAGGAGUGGAAAGAUGAAAUGUUACAGUGGUCACCCAGUGACUAUGAAGGUCAGACCGCCAUCAUGAUACCAGCUGACAAUGUUUGGCUUCCAGACAUAUUCAUAUUUAACAGAGCUGGGACCAACAUGGAUGGUUUUGUCAAUGUCAACGGCAGUAAGGUGGCAGUACAGUACGAUGGUACCGUCCGAUGGAUGGUCCCUCUGAUGGUGUCUAGCGUGUGUGCGGUGGAUGUGACAUACUUCCCUUACGACCGCCAAGCCUGCAACAUCAAGUUCGGUUCCUGGAUCUAUGACAUGGAACAGGUUGACGUCAUCAUCAAGUCCAAGCUACCAGACCUGGAGCAUUAUGUUGUCAACAGCGAGUAUGAUUUACAAAAUGUCAGUCUGACUCGCAGUGUGUUGGACAGCAACUGCUGUGCAGGCGGAGGGCGCCAUCCUAUGGUGGAGCUGAGACUCGAGCUCAGGCGCAAGUCUCUUUACUACGACUACAUAGUCAUUGCACCCACCAUUAUGCUGUGCGUGCUGACUUUGGCCUCCUUCCUGCUGCCCUGUGACCGAGGAGAGAAGAUGGCCAUUGGACUGACCGUCUUCUUAACGCUGUACGUUCUGCAGCUCCGUAUUGCGGACAAUGUACCGGACACCAACUCCACGCCAAUACUAGGUGUGUUUAUGUUAAUUGUGAUGACUUUCAACUGUGUCUCCCUCAUCAUGGCCACCAUUGUUAUGAACAUCAAGAAGCGAGGCGAUGAAUGCCCAUGCCCGAACGUUCCUUCUUGGCUCUUUGGCGUGUGCCACCAUGUCAUUGGCAGGAUCGUCUGCACCAGUUACUUCGGCAGUGAGCCCAUUGGACUUCCUGCAUUGCAGCUAGACUAUCACAAAAGAAAGACAACUAAUUCACAGUCCAGAAAUUCUGUGGGCAAUAAGUGUGCCAGUUCCAGAGUUGGUUCUGCUCAAAGACGUGAUUCCAUUGGGCAAGAGACUAUAGAGACGGAGCAAUCGGUUGCAGACUCUAAGAGCGUUCAACGGAAUGCAAAGAGGCAAGCUGCAGGGGAAGCUAGCAAAGUGAAACACGUCACCAUCUCCGAUGUCACAGUGACACCAAGAGCCAGUUUCGAGCACCAGCAAGCCCCUCGCGUCUGCUACGAUCCUCAUAAGACCCCCCGUCCUCAAAGCGAGGGGGAGAUUGAAAUGAGGCUGAGAAAAAACAGAACAUCAGUUACGGGGUCAAAGAUAGACGUGUCCGUGACCCCGAGGCUGUCCAGCGAAGUUAGCGACCCGGGCAUUGGACAUUCGGGGUCCAGGAGCACUGACGAAGUGUACAUGAUGAAAAGAAGGUGGUUCUAUGUGGCGGAAGUUGUGGACAAGUUUCUUUUUCUGGUGUACUUAGUGUUACUGACCACUUCAAUCUUCACUGUCCUCUUUCUCAUACCGGUCUACUUUAGGAAUGACUGAUGAUAUCUGACCAGCCCUUUGUGGUUAAUUGAUGUCUACUUUGAAAUGACUGAUGUCUGACCAGCCCUUUGUUUUUAAUUGAUGUCUACUUUAGGAAUGACUGAUGAUAUCUGACCACUCCUUUGUGGUUAAUUGAUAUCUACUUUAGGAAUGACUGAUGAUAUCUGACCACUCCAUUGUAGUUUAUUGAUAUUUUAAUAUAAUACAAAAAUAACAUGCUAAGAGCAUCUGUCAUUAUAAAGACACCAGUAAAUGUUCGCUUUUUUUAUUACAAAACUUACACCAACUCUAUCUGUCUGUCUGUCUGUCUGUCUGAUACAAAUUUUGAACACGUAUUUCUUCCACCUCCCAGUCUCGGAUCAAUUCAAACUUUUCACAAUUAUUCAUUAUUCCUAACAAACUAUGAAUCAAUCAAAGAAUUAACCAAAAAAUAAAUUAAAUAAACGCAAUGAAAUAAUUUUGUUUGAUAUAGAAAAAGAGAAAUAAAUCUUACAUUAUUGAGAUAUAAGGCUUUAAAUGGGGGAGCUCUUUACAUUACAUACGUUAAGUGAGUAUGUUUUACAUUUUGAUUGACAUUAUUCUUGUGUUAUCUACAUAGAGUGUGGACCGUGUGAUUGGGGCUUUUUUUGCAAGAUUGGAAAUCGGACCUUUUUUUGAGGCAUAUACUAUUGGAUACACUAACUAUAUUUAAUAAAGGAAUAGAUCACCAUUUUAGGUAUUUUAAUAUGCCACUGUUCGCAUCGAAAGCUCUUCGAAAAAGCUGCUAUUUAGGGCAAUUUCACUAUUUUGAAAAUUAAGGAAGAUAAAGAGUAUUUAAUUAGGCACUAUCAAUUUAUUUGUUACCGGCGCAUUGAUCUACACCUAUUGCUAUAUAAGUCCUAGACUGCCAAGGGCGCAUUAUUAUUAUUAUUUUGUUAUCAGAUACAUUAACUUCUAAACGGUUCGAUAUGCUAUGACUUGUGGUUGAAAAAUAAUUUAUUAGAUUACCUCCCUUGCAACAUCACCGAGCAAUUCACACACAUAUCAGGUUUACUGGACUAGAAUAUUUUCAAAUUUAAGUUUGCAGCAUACAGUAGAACGCCGUUUAUACUGAAGUUAGUUAUCCGGAGCGUCAAAUAUCCGGACUUCCUUUUUAAAAUUUUUGUUUUCACAGUACGUAUAUAAGUGGACUUGCAUCGAAAGAUCAGCGAUUCUUUCUCUAAAUAAUCGUCUUAAAUGUCCGCUUAUGGUGAGCUUGUAGCGUCCCAGAGAAAUUCCCAAAAUAGUAUUAGAAACCAUGUACGUUUUUGCAAGAAAUGUAGAUUUUUUUGAAUUUAUAUCUAUAAUCCUACGUAGAUCUAAGCAUUUUCUUAGUUAUCUUUUGAUUUAUAACUUAAGGCCAAUACUUGGAUAUCACGUGACAGUACUGUCAAUGUAGACAAUGUCUAGAAGCUGAAGAAUAUGUUUACAAUAUUGUUUUUACUAGUUUGAAACUUGCAAUAUUUAUGAUUGCAAGAGCUGGCAGUUCAAAGAAUUAUCAAACUGUUAAAGUAUAUGCUUAACAAAACAUCAGUUUAAAUGGUGAACAGAAUGUCAGGUGGAAUGGAUAUCAAAAUGUCAGAUUAAAUGGUUAACAAAUUUUCAUGUUAACAGUUUAACAAAAUGUCAGAUUGAAUGGCUAACAAAAUGUCAGAUGGAUAGGAGAUCAAAAUGUCAGGUAGUAUGGCUAAGUAGAUGACAUGAUAAUUGCAGCUGCUUAAUGAUAUUAUCUAGAUUUGUGUAUCUUUUCUUGUCAUAGUAACAAAUGUGAUGUAUUUGAAGAAUUACUUUAUGGUUUUAUUUUAAAAGAAAUAAACGUAGAAAGUUAUGAAUGAAAUAAAUAAAAAACAACUCUGUUA